AUUUGCAUUUUUUUGUUUCUUCUGAAAAUGUCUCUUUCAGAACCAUCCAAUUAAUACAAGCAUACCACGUUUUCUUCUAUUUCAAGAAUGCGUGAAGAAAUUAGUAAUUGUAAAAUGGGCCAAAUCAAAGAGUAAUUAGUUUUUGUAUUCAUCUGGAUAAGGGCAGAAGAAGAAGUAAAGAACAUGAGACACGAGGUCUCUUCUUUCUUGAGGAAAUUUCCGGGAAAGUCACGGAGUCGGUUAUGGGAGCCACACGAUAAGGAUUUCAUUCAAAUAUACGAAAGCGACGUCGCACAGAAGAGACCAAUCCAACCCCCAUAUGUAGUAGAGCAAUCACCAACGAACGUCCCAGUCUCACUUUCUACACCAACCUUUAUGCAAAAAUCCAUCUACUAAAUUAUCUCCAAAGAAAUACAUUUUAACUCUUCUUUCCUUCUGUGGUGACAUAUUGUUCUCAUUUGAUACAUAUUCUCCCAAGUCGAAACAAACCUCCCAAAGAUGAUGUAUGAAGCAGGUAUGACCGUAUGAGCUAAAGAGUUGAGAUUCGUGAAUAUCUGAGAUUACCUCUCUAAUGGUUACUUCGACGGCCGAGGCCUUGAGUCCUGAAGAUGGCGAACGACUUCCUUUCACUAGAGACAGACACUACGCCAUGCAUGGUGAGAUCUUGACGGUAGUUCUUGUCAUCGGGUUUGCCGUCUUUCUCUUGUUCCUUGUAUUGCUUCCUUGUCUGAAACGCCGAUACAGUCACCAGUCCGACCUGUCAGAAGAGGCUUCCUGGAGCGGGACACUCAAGCCCUCACCUGUUGUAAGCAAACAAUCGAUUUCCACAUAGCCAUAGGCCAAAUAACAAACAAGCAUGUAUUAAGUAUCUGUUACAAAUUGUAGAAGCCUCUGUUCGUCAUCAUAUCUCUCACUAAUGGAUAGAACAUUACAACA